UUGUUUUAGCUGAUUCCAUAGUGCGCUGUUUAUAAACACUACACUGUCUACAUCCGCAGUUCUCAGAAAUCCUGGAUGUGGUCUUUUUGCGAGUCCAGCGACCACGUUUGGUGGUUCUUUGUAUAGCUGUUGACAUGCUGGCAGCUUCCUUGGCUACCACAGGGCUGUUGAUGGUAGGCUCGGGGGUGUUUGUGGUCAUCUACUCGAGCAGUAUGUUGUGGACAGCGCUUCUUUCCCGCUGUUUGACAGACAAACAGUUCUCUACACUGCAAUGGGCGGGCAUCGGCGUGCUGACAUGCGGUCUACUUCUAAAUGGCUUUGACUCUCAGCCGCACACCCCGCACACACCCACCGGUAGAACUGUCGAGGAGUUGUCCGACAUGCAGCAGCUCGAGACCGAUAGAAACGGAAACAUCGGAGGGGCCGUAAUCGGUGAUGGAUACAGCCAGGUAAACGUGGGGGUGUUGGUGGUACUCCUAGGCUCUGCUCUACAUUCCUACUUCUUCGUGCUAUCGGAGAGAAUCAUGUAUCAGAGGAUACUGAGUGACGCGCAAUUGUGUGCGGGUGUGGGUCUAGCUGAGACUGUACUCUUCAGUGCUUACAUAGCCUUCGUCUGUGGGUGUUUUGGCACACAUGAGAAACUGUUCUCCUCCAUGGACGAUGCCAAUACGUCGCUCGGAUACGCGACUAUGCUAUGGUUGUCAGCCGCCGUCGUCAACUCAGUGCACGCAGGGAGCUUCUUCAUAAUCUUGGGUGAACUAGGUGCUGUAGAGAGCGCCUUGCUGAAGAUUAUCCAGACUGUGUGCGUGUUCGCAUUCAGCGCUGUUUUUUUCUGCCAGUACGAGUCGUCGCAGUGCGCCAGUCCGAUGAAGUUCAUGUCUAUGCUUUUGGUCGCCUGUGGCUUAGUCGUAUACGCCAUGGGAGCUCGAGCAGGCAGACCUUCCAACACCAAAAAAAGCCCAAAAUUACCCAGGCGGAAUACGCGAACCGGCAUAGAACUCGGCGUAUCAGCGGAUUCGCUGCACUGAAUGCUAAAAAAAAAUUCACUCAGCGGCAUAUUUCUUGCACAUGUGGUUCGAUGCCAGGCUGAGAAUAUAUACUCUUAAUUAAAAUAAAAAU